AUGGACUCUAAGAAUUUGGGAAUAGGAAUAAUAUUCUUGAUAGAGAAUACAGUUGGAAUUUUGGGAAAUGUAUACCUUCUUACCUACUACUUAGUCAUUUAUUACAAGAAACACAGGGUAAAACCCUUGGAUUUAAUUAUCAUGCAUCUGAUCAUGGUUAACUUCUUGAUCAUUCUCUCUAAAGGAAUGGUCAACACAAUGACGGCAUUUGGGUUGAAACAUUUCUUCAAUGAUUGGAGCUACCAGCUUUUUAUGUAUGUGCUAAGAGUUUUCAGGAGUAUGUCCAUUGCUACAACCUGUCUCUUGAGUGUCUUCCAGGUCAUCAUCAUCAGCCCUAGAAACUCGUGUUGGAAGAAUAUUAGAUUCAAAUCUCCAAAGGACAUUGGUCUCUACAUUUCUAUGUGCUGGGUCUUGUACAUCAUGAUAAAUGCUCUUUUACCUUUGUAUAUGUCUAUAAAAUUAAGGAGAAACAUAACAGAAGAGACAGGUUUUGAAAGCAAUAUGGUUGUAGAUAAUGACAAAAUCACAGUCUCUUUAUAUAUAGCUUUAUUUGUAUUCCCUGAUCUUCUGUUUUCUAUCCUGAUCACCUGGUCCAGCAGCUCUAUGAUUAUCAUUUUAUAUAGGCACAAACAGCGAGUUCAACACAUUCGCAGCAAUUGUGCUUUCCACAGUAAUACCUUGGAAUUCAGAGCCACUCAGUAUAUCUUUGCCCGAGUAUUCACCUUUCUGGCUAUUUAUACCCUCUCGGCCAUCUCACACGGUUGCAAUGCUCUAUUUUCUGGUCAAAGUUGGUGGCUGAUGAAGAUCACAAUCAUUAUUGCUUUGUGCUUUCCCACUUUGAGCCCCAUUUUACUUAUGAGUCAAUCCUCCCCUCUUUUCCAGAUUAGCUUACUUUUGAUAAAGGACAGAGAAUCCUCUAAUAGUGUUAUAACUAUUUAA